AUGGCGUCAAUCACAUCGAGGUCGACGACAUCUCCGUCGGUGUCGGCUUCAUCGGCAAUUCCGUCGGUGUCUACCGUGCCUACUUCGGUAAGGCCGACGAAAGAUAGCGAUCCCCCGGCUGUGCGAUUCACCAAGACUCAUUUCACCAAAAUCGAUCGUGCUCGAGAGAAGCAAGGCCGCAAGUUCCGCUUUCGCGAUUACGAUAGCAAUUCUCGGAUCUUUAUUAUCACAAUCACAACUAGAGGUAGGAAGAAGAGGUUACUGUCGUUCCGGCUUCUCUUCCUUAGAGAUCCGGGCCCUGGGGAGGAAGACUUCAUUUUCAGCGUUCAAGAACUGGAGCGGUACGCGGAAAAUAUCUGGCUUCAAGUGUAA